ACAUGAUUCCCAGGAUGUGUGCAAUGGCAUCAGCAAAGUGACUGUGAGGGCCCAUCAGGUGUCCCGAGUUUCACAGCAAGGCAGUAAUUAUACUUGACUUGAACUUUCUUCAGGUAACCCUAAUGCACCAAAAUGGUCGCUUCGCACUGGAGCAAAGCCCGAGACACUGCACACGCUCCAUCUGUUUAAUCAGAUUCCUUUAAUGAAUCCGCCUGCUGUGGCCCGAGAUCGUCUAAAUAAAGGUCAGGGGAUUACCUUGACGCAGUCGUUUCCACUGGCUCCUCCAGGGCCAUCCCUCUGCUCUCCCGCACGAUGCUUCAGUCUGCCACAUCGCCAAGCGUGGCAACUGUUCCCCCCAGAUAACUCGGAUACAUUCAAGCUGAGUUUGGUCGAUCUUUUCUCGCUUUACCUGAGCGAGGGGAUGCCCUGCCUGGAGUCCAUGGAGGCUGGCAGCGACGCUCCCGGGACACCUCGCGCCUCCGGGGCAGAGGAGUCCUUCCGCAGGGAAACUGUGACCGCGCCGCCGAUGGUGAGAAGCACGGGCUGGUUCUUCUCCCCGCAGUGGAGCCCCCGCUCCAAGACGCGCCGCAGGAGGUUCGGAGACGGCAUGAAAAGCGACCAGGUGGAGGCAUGGCUGGACGACCACUCCGACUUCACGAGGGCCUACUUUUUACGCAGAGCUUCCGCGGUCAGUGGUCCGCAGGCAGACACGUCUCCUCAGCUGGCCAGGAUGCCCAGAAGCAGCUCUGACAACUCUGACCUGCUCAUGAUGCAGGUUCAUCAUCAUCGCAGAGCCUCCGCUCCCAUGACCUCAAACCUGAACAUCUCCUCCUUAAUGGACAGGCUCAAGCCCCUCAGCAACCCUGAGCGGACGGAUCGCUCCAGUCCAGAUGUGUUGGGCACUCAUUCCCCCUGUUCUCUCCGCUCCUCACGCUUCUGUUUCUCCCCCUGCCAUCAGCUUUCUCCCAUCUGCCCUGGCUCCCCUGAAACGCCCCUCUCUCCUCAUCCUCUGCGCCUAUCUAUUACAAAGGCAGCCUGUGGCCAGGGAGAGUGCUGCCCAUGGAUGAUGGAGCUCCUGAGAGUAGGUCUCAGCUGGAUGGGCUCUGUUGCAGAGCUCUGCCAGGGGGCCGUCCUGCAUGCUGGGGAGCUGCUGGCAGCUGAGGGCAGCUGUCUCUCUCUGCUGAAGAAAGACUGCAGUGGAAGGAACACCUUGGAGGAGGUGACUGGCCUGAUGGCUUUGGGGUGCUUGAGCGAUGGCAACCUCUGCAGCCAUGCGCACCAAGAGCUGGUGAAGAGCAUCAUGGGUUGUGUCCUGGCUACAGGGUCACCAAUUAACCUGAGAGACAUAUCGGAGGAUCCCAGGUUCAAUGUAGAUGACGAUCAGUCGUCAAAGAUCAGGACAGUUCUGAGCAUCCCCAUCAAGAACCACAGGGGAGAGGUGGUGGGUAUAGUGGUAAUGAUUAACAAGAGAAAUGGCUGCGAUGGAUCAGUUUCUGUUUUUACCAACUUGGAUGAAAAGGUGCUGUCCAAUCACAUGGAUAUGCUGGGGAUGGUCCUGGAUAAUGUUCAGCUGUAUGAGAGCUCAAGACAAGAGGCCAAACGCAGUCAGGCCCUGAUAGAGAUGGCACAGGUGUUGUCAAUGGAGCACCAUUCUUUUGAGGUUCUGCUGAGUAAGAUGGCUGCCACCAUCAUGCCGUUCACACACGCACAGUACUGCACCAUCUUCGUCCCUGGUGACCAAACAUCAGCUGCGGGCGGAGGGGAGGUUUCAUUCUCCAGAGUGAUCCACCUGGAGUGUGAAGAGCUCGGGUCAACGUGUCAGAUUUACAGAAGGGAGCGUGACAUCAGCGAUAUCGACCCGUCAUAUGCCCUUCGAACCCUGGUCGCGAUGGAAACUCUUAAUAUGUCGGAGAGCUCUGGGGAAUCGAUGAGCCUGAUCUGCUGCCCUGUCAGAAAUGAGAGAUCUGAAGAUGUUAUCGCGGUGUGCCAGCUGAUGAACAAAAGGAGCAGAGAGUCAGAGGAAAUGGAAGCCUUUAACAGAUAUGAUGAGCGCCUCCUAGAGGACCUGGCUGUGUACUGCGGCCUGGCUCUGCAGUAUGCACAGGCUGUGCAGAUCACCGAGGAGCGGAGGGCCAGUAUAGAGGUCACGCAGGAGGUUCUUGCCUACCACAUCACGGCAGCAGAGCAGGAGAUCCAGGCACUGCAGGAGGCCACUAUUCCUUCUGCUGAGUCACUUUGUAUUCUAGACUUCAAUUUCUCUGAUUGUGGCCUCGCAGAAGACCUGACCAGUCAGGCCACCAUUCGGAUGUUCCUGGACCUGAAAUUGGUGCAGGAUUUUAACAUUGAUUACAAGAGUCUCUGCCAGUGGGUCCUGACAGUGAGGCGUGGCUACAGGAACAGUGUGCCUUAUCACAACUGGAACCAUGCGCUGAGCACUGCUCAAAGCAUGUUUGCUAUGCUCAUGGCCACCGACCAACUGCAGACCAUUUUCUCCCGUCUGGAGAUCUUGGCGUUGAUGAUCGCCACUCUGAGUCAUGACAUCGACCACAGAGGCGUCAGUAACUCUUACAUAGAAAGGAGCCAGCAGCCUUUAGCUCAGCUGUACGGACACUCGUCCCUUGAAAACCACCACUACAACCUGUGUCUCUUCAUCCUAAACAACACUGGGAGUCAGAUUCUCAGCGGCCUCUCUACGGAGGACCACAAAUCUGUACUGCACAUGAUCAAAAGGGCAAUACUCGCUACUGACCUGACCGUCUACAUGGAGAGAAGAAAAGAGUUCUUUUCUCUCUGUAAGAAAACCAGAGUGAGCUGGAAGAGUGAGAAGAAAAGAGAUUUACUGAGGUCGAUGCUGAUGACAGCGAGCGACCUCUCUGCGAUCACAAAGCCUUGGCCUGAACAACAAAGGAUUGCCAAUCUGGUUGCCAUGGAGUUCUUUGCACAGGGGGACAAAGAGAGAGAAGAGUUCAAAAUCAAGCCCAUUGACAUAAUGGACAGAAAAAACAGUACUCGACUACCAUACAUGCAAGUGGAAUACAUCGAUGACAUCUGUUACCCCCUUUACAAGGCUGUGUCAAGACUGUUUGACACCUGCUCCCCACUGCUGAACGGCUGUAAGAAGAACAGAGACAACUGGCUGCAUCUCACUAAGGAAGCAGAGGCAGUAAACAGUAAAAACAGUAGUAUUAUAACCCUGGCAAUACACAAAAACGAUGAAGAAGCAGUACAGACAGAGGAGUAGAGACUGGACGUAAGACAAGGACACAGCUUUGGAAUCAAAAAGGAGGUUUACCCACCUGCACUUGUUCUUCUCCAUCCACGCGUGUCACAUCAGAACUCUGACAACAAAAUGUGUUAAUGGGAGAUACAUCAGUCAGGACUAAUAAAGGCUGUGCUGCAUAUGUCUCCCAGCAUAUCCUGCAGCAAGUCCGAUGUGAAACCUGUCAACAAGUGGCAAAAAUGAAAUUACCAUGCUGUAUCUGCACUUUCUCUGUGCUCUUUGUACUAAA